UCCGAUAACGAAGAGUGCUUCGCAUUCCCAAUUUCCCCAAAAGUCAGUGCGAAGCAAGCUGCUUUGAAGAGGAUGUCAUGGGAUCAUUAUUGAGUGCCCCUGUGUCAAGAACCAAGUCCUUGGAUGAUUGUGAAACCUCCCAAACUGAAACCUGUAAAAGGCUGAAGAUGACAGCGAGUUGUGAUGAUAAUCCAAGAUUAAUCCCUAGUCUUCCUGAUGAGAUUUCAUUUCAAAUCCUUGCAAGAGUUCCGAGGAUUCACUAUCUGAGUAUGAAGCUGGUGGCAAAGAACUGGAAAGCUGCUCUUUCCAGUAAUGAAGUAUAUCAGCUGAGGAAAGAACUUGGGUCGACUGAAGAAUGGCUUUAUAUACUGGUGAAAGUGGAAAGAGAGAACACACUUAUGUGGCUUGGCCUUGACCCGGUGUCGAGGAAAUGGCAGAGGUUGCCACCAAUACCAUAUGUUGCUCCUGAGGAAGAGUCUUCUAGUACUGCUUUAAUUGGUUCUUGGAUGUGGAAUGUGCUGGGUUCUAGUGUCAAGAUUGCGGACUACAUAAGAGGGUGGAUGGGGAGGAGAAAUGUCUUUGAGCGAAUUAAGUUGUGUGGUUGUGCCACCGGGGUUGUUGAUGGCUGCCUUUAUGUGGUUGGGGGGUUCUCUACAGCCUCAGCCAUGAAGUCUGUAUGGCGUUAUGAUCCGUGCCUCAAUCAAUGGCGAGAGGUGAGAUCCAUGGCCACUGGCAGGGCUUUUUGUAAAACUGGUUUGCUGAAUAACAAGCUCUAUGUAGUGGGUGGAGUCAAUUUGAAUGGAGGUAGUUUAACUCCUCUACUGUCUGCUGAAGUAUUCGAUCCAUGUACAGAGCAAUGGAGUGAAGUGCCGACCAUGCCAUUUGCAAAAGCUGAUCUGCUAGCAAUUGAUUUACUAGCUGACAUGCUAAAGCCUAUGGCAACUGGCAUGACUCCAUAUAUGGGGAAGUUGUAUGUGCCUCAGAGUUUAUACUGCUGGCCUUUCUUUGUUGAUGUUGGAGGUCAGAUCUAUGACCCUGAGACCAACUCAUGGUUUGAGAUGCCACCUGGUAUGGGAGAUGGUUGGCCAGCACGGCAAGCAGGGACCAAGUUGAGUGUUAUUGUUGGUGGGGAUCUAUAUGCUUUGGAACCUUCCAAUUCUACGGAUGGUGCUAAGAUAAAGAGGUACGAUUUUCUGAAAGAUGAAUGGAACAUUGUGGUAGAAACAGUUCCAGUUCAUGAUUUCACAAACUCGCACUCCCGUUAUCUGCUUGCUAGUUUGCUGGGAAAGGUUCAUGUCAUUACAAAAGACGCCGAUAAUAACACCACGAUUUUGCAAGCGGACUUGCAAGAUCAAACAUGCCUUUCCACUUCAAGAUCAUCAUCCACACAUGCUAGUUCCUCUCACGGAAAUGCUUCUUCUAGUUCAGCCAGUUCAUCUCGUGGAAGCUUUGACUUGUCAGAGGGAGAAAUGAAUGCUUGGAAGGUUAUCGCUAGAAAAAAUUUCGGCACUGGCAGAGCUUGUUAGCUGUCAAUCCCUAAAUGUUUAAGCUAUAGGAUUUUCAUAUAACUCGCAAGUUCUUAUAUGGUAUGGAAUUCAGUUCAAUUGCUUGAUGAGCUGAUAACGGCAUUUUGUGGAGUUUGUGAGCCUUUUCUGCAAUGGUGAUAACCUGAAGUUGAAGUUGUGUGCUCUGUUGUUUCUAGAAGUAAAAAGUGGGUUGUUUUCCGGUCAGUUCAGACAUUGAUGAACCUGACAAAUGUCUGAAAUUGGUGGGUAUAUGAACAAAGCAUAGUUUCUUAUUUUAACCUUAUGUUGUAUGUGCCAUAAAUGGUUCUUAUCAACCUCGAAUUGCCAGAAUAGAAACUGUUAUAUAUUAAGAAUGCUUCUUUAAUUCUCAAAAAUUAGCUUGCGUGCAUUCGAUUUAUUUUCUGAGUCUGUCAAUUGUAGAAAAUCAAUAAAAGUUAAAAAGAGGUUUGUUGUUUCUGCUCAA